AUGCCUCCAUCAAAGGCAGUCAAGGGCGAAUACAUUGAGACAGACACAGGAAACAAAAUCUCUCGCCGAUCCCAAAUUCAUGGGACGCAGCACAUCAUCCUCGGGGGCAAAACCGUAAUCCAAGCGGAAGCCGUAAUCCGCGGUGACCUUUUCCGAACCGUCACACACCCAGCCAACGCCGACCCAAACAACCCCGCGGCUGCACCGAACCCCAACACUCCCAGUGUUGCGAUAACAGUCGGGCGAUACAGCUACAUUUCCAAGAGCGCGAUCCUGCGGCCGCCGAGCCGGUUACACCGUGGCGUGCACUCGUUCUAUCCGCUGAAGAUUGGCGACCAUGUGUUUGUCGGCGAGGGCGCUGUUAUUGAGGCCGCGUCGCUAGGGAAUCAUGUUCAUGUUGGGAAGGGUGCUGCCGUAGGCAGUAUGGCUAUUAUCAAGGAUUACGCUUAUGUGCUUGAUGGUGCGGUUGUGCCGCCUGGCAUGGUUGUGCCGAGUUGGUGUGUUGUUGGUGGGAGGCCGGCGCGGAUUGUGGGUGAGGUCGGGGAAGGGUACGGUGUUGAAGGUGCGGAGGGAGGUAUGGCAAGAGAAAGGUACCGGGUCGUUGGACGACCUUGA